AUGCCCUCGCCCUCGUUCUCGUCUUCGCCCCCAUCGUCGUCGGCGGACAAUGCUCGUCGCUGGACUCGACGUCGGCCCCAUACCGACCUGAACAUCAACACCAACACCACACCGUCCUCCCUUGCGUCGCCGUUGUCCAGGGACGUCCGGCGCGUCAUUCCGCACCCGCAGACGCCGCCUUCCCACGGCUCGCUCUACAGCACGCCGCCGCAGCCAGCCGUCCCAGCCGUGCCCGCCUUGUCUAAGUCACUGCCCACCGCUGAUGGUCGGGCGCUUAGAUUGCCCAUCGACAUCGACGCGCAUGAGUCCUUUCUAGAAAACCCUACUCCCGUCGAGGACGACAUGGCCGACCGCUUGCCGCCGCAUGUGAACCAGCGAGAUUCGCACGACCUCUCGCUAUCUCCCCGGAACGUCACCCGAGACUCGCUCGUCACUAAUAUGCUCCUGUCGCUCGACCAGUUCUCCAUGGCACAGCUGAGCGACAAGUACGGACCCUCCCCUGGAUCGCGCUCACAUACCUUUGACGAAGCCUCGCCCCAGUUUGGCGCCGCCGAGCAGACACGGAGCUGGGUCGCUGCCAAUUCUGUCGCAGGACCACCUCGAGUCAACGGACACCAGUACUCCUAUAGUUCCGACCUGGAGGGCGCAGACGACUCUAGCCGCAUCUCGAGCCGUGGCCGACGAAGCAACAGCAGUUCCAACUUCCAAUCGAGCUUUCCGCGCCUCAAUAGCGUUCGCGAGGGGCACCGAAGUGGUUCAUCGAGAGCCAUGCAUUCAAGAGGGGGCAAGCCGGGCAGCAAGAGCAGCAGCACCACCAGCGUUGAUGCCGGAUACGCCCAGGUCCUUGGGAGCCAGCGAUGGGCGCGCGGGUUUGGAAGAUCUGCCAGCUUCGACUACGGACCUCAAGCACCGCAGCAGAGCGCCCCCGUCGUCGAGCCCACCCCCUUCCGAGUCGAGUUUCCCAACAACUUUCUCGCCGAUGAAUACGACGCUGCCCCGACUCCAACGGUCCCGGGCGGCCCGCGACGGGAGCCGUCGAUCCCAACGAUGCCGACAAUGUCUACGGUACCGCCACCUCCGCCCGCACCCCUGGAGCCGCCUCCCCUCGAGCACAAACGCAGCAGCCGUUCAUUAAAGAGCUCCUCAGGGCGCAAACCUCCCAAUCCACGGGAUAAUGCACCUGCAGUGCCAGCUCUAGACCUCGAUUCAGCACCUGCACCCCAUAUUGGGUAUGAAAAAUCCAAGGACGUGGCCGUGCACAGCGGCCCAGCGCCCGCGACACCUGCACCUGCACCCGUGAAGGAGCGCCCUGGAUUUUUCAGGAGGGUCUUUGGCUCCUCCAGAGGCAACUCACAUAACAGCAACAACGACUCGACAACAACUCAAACCCCACACUCGACCGCUUCUGCCGACCAUUCCAAGAUGCUCUCCAAUGGCUCGACGCCGCCCUCCCGAGAUACCUCAUCCUCGCAUUCACACCACCCUGUGCUACAAAAGAAGCCAUCAUCGUUCUUCCGCCGCCGAAAGAAGUCCGUCACUGACGAUCCUCCCCCUCUGCCCACGUCGAUACCUGCACCGCCCGUACCUACUGUUGCUCCCAUCGCUGUCCCUCCCGAACGCGAACGAGAACUAGGUGCUUCUCUGCCGCAGCCCAGCCCGGUCAGCAGCUUGCGAAAGGUCAUGAACCCGUAUCUGCGAAACAGCCAGGCUGUCCAGGGCACUCCCCAAGGCCCCUCUCCGCUUGCCGACAUCUCCAACGUAACUCCCGACCAUGUCGACAAUACACCCGAGAGGGAAGUCUACAAGAGAGACUUUUCCCCUGAUUAUUCGCCAAGCCCCAACGCCAGGAUCCGGGCAGUACGAUCCGAUUCUGAUGAGUACCUGGCCAAGCGAAAUAACACACCCUCGCGUCCCCCACCCGAGAGGCCUACCAAGGCCAUCGAGACGCGCAACAACUCCUUCCUGAACCUGGACGGGGUUAGCGACAACGAUGAUGACCAGGGAAGCCCUUCAAACCGGAAGCUUUCCAACAAGUCCAAAUCCAAGUCCAAGUCUAGGCCAUCAGACAUCAUGACCACACGGGAUAGCCCCCGAGGUGCCAAAGACCACACCGUCAGGGUCAAGAAGUCAUUUCAGCGACCGGAACAGACCGAUUCAGAGGACGACCCCAACCGUUCAGCCCUUGCGUUGCCUAUUGAAGGUGCACGAGCGACAAGCCCUGCAUCAGUAUCAACUGGCACAGACUACAAGUCUGCCCUCAGCGCUCCUCCUAGCGUGAGGAUAGAGAGCUCAGCAGACCCUAGUCCCAAGGUCCUGGGCACAUUCGACGCCAUCAAGGCCAAUGCCCUUGACGAGCCCGAUUUCGUUAUUGGCGAUCCGACCGAGGAUGAUAAGCAAAAGGCACAGAAGAUCUAUGAUGGAAAUGAGGACUUCGUCCAGAAAGAAAAGGCGGCUGCUUGGAUGGGUGAAGAAGGUCCAAUCAGGCAACGCACCCUGCAAGCCUACAUGGAGUUGUACGACUUCACCAGCCGCAGCAUCGUUCAUGCUCUGCGACAAGUAUGCGGACGAUUGGUGUUCCGUGCAGAAACCCAACAGGUGGACCGCAUUCUCGUGGCCUUCUCCAAGAGAUGGUGUGACUGCAAUCCCAACCAUGGGUUCAUAGUGACUGAUGUGAUCCACACCAUUUGCUACUCGAUCAUGCUGCUCAACACUGACCUGCAUUUGGCUGAUAUCGAGCAGAAGAUGACCCGCAGUCAAUUCAUCAAGAACACCAUGACAACCAUCACACAGGCCGUAGAGGAAUCGGCCCCUGAUGUGUUUCAUAGGCCAAGCGUUCUUCCAGACAAGAGCUCACUUGCAACUGGCGAGAACCACGAACAGCACUCGGAACAGGAUCGAAGGUCUUUCAGGAACUCGUUCAGACCCCCGCCUCGUGCAGACUCUGGAACUCUCCCUUCAGAGGGUGACGAGGAUUGUGGUCCAUUAGUCAAGUCCCGAUUCAACGGGAGCAAGAAGGCGUGGGAAGAACUGAUCGAAGUUGUGCUCAAAGGCAUUUACACAUCCAUUAGAGACGAGCGUCUGCCAUUGUUUGGCGCCGAGGCUGAGAAGAAUCUGAGCCUGCCACAGUCGAACAGCGGAGGACUCUCUGUCAUGGGAAUGUUGAAGAGAAGCCCUAGCGUCCUUAGCAAGGCACCAUCAGAGAGUCAGCUGUCGGUUCGUGGUCGUAUUUCAGAGAAUGGUAGGGCCAACACGGCGAGAUGGGCAUCCAAGAGCCGAUCUCGACCCGGUCUUGGCCGCAAUGGAUUCUCGUCUAGUCGUACUAGCUUUGACGACGGCAAUUCACUCUGGAGCCACACUGUAUCGUCUGCCACCUGGAGCCGCCAUUCUCUGGGAAGGACUCAGACGUCAGUUUCUCAGGAUUCUUUUGGUUCGGCCUUGCCACGGGGUGAUUACCAGCAGUCGAUUGGCUUUGCAAACGCCCUGAGCCAAGCCAUUAUUCGAGACGAGGACGCAUAUGGGGAGACGGCCCCAUCGAUUUUGAGCGCCGAUCUUCCAUCCACACAGCUUCUCGAAGACGACUCUCUUGAACUUGCUGGACCACCAUGGGUCAAGGAGGGAAUUGUGACUCACAAGCACCAUUUGGAUGGCGUGGACAAGAAGGCCAAGGACAGACACUGGUCCGAGGUGUUUGCUGUCGUCCAGAAGGGUCAGAUGAGUUUGUUCUCUUUCCAGCCGAACAAGUCGGUUCGACAAAGGAACCGCGGCAGAAAUGGCGGACCUCCUGCGAUUGUUGGAGGCGGCAACUGGCAAGACAAUGCAACGAAUCUGGGCACGUUUAACCUUCGCCAAACUCUUGCAUCUGCUCUUCCACCGCCAGGCUACUCUCGCACGCGUCCUCAUGUCUGGGCGCUCAGUUUACCUAACGGUGCUGUUCACCUGUUCCAAGUUGGCACGCCUGAGAUUUGCAAGGAGUUUGUCAAUACAGCGAACUAUUGGAGUGCUCGACUGAGCACCCACCCACUGACGGGCGGUAUCAGCAACAUUGAAUACGGAUGGAGCGAGGCUAUUGUUAACAACGCCUUGGUCGCCGCUAUCAAUGAGACGUCUACGACGACUACAACCAACGGCAAGACGUCACGCCCCAGCAGCAGCGCAGCCCAUGGCCGAAGAUCGAGCGUCAAUAGUGGUAGCUUCCGAGGAUCAAGCUUCGACCACGUUGCUGGCGCUUUUACCAACAACAGCGGACGAGGCAAACUCCCUGGUGACCGCAUUCAUAUCGCAGAGUGGGCACCGCCAACCCAGAGCAUGCGUCCCAGCAAUUCGCCAGAAGCAGAACAGCUUCAGACCUUGGAUGCCUAUGUCAAGAGCAUCGAGGCAGAGCUACAGGCUCAUAACCAACUACGCAGCCCUAUGCUCUUGGCAUUUACUCCUAGGGGUGGCAAUGCUGUCAAGGCCAUGGCUAACUGGGAGCGCAAGAGCGCGUAUCUGCUCCGCGAGAUCGUCAAAUUCAGGACGUACGUGGACUGCCUUCAGCAAGCCGAGUCUAGAAAGCAGGAGAUUUACUCGGAGAGGGACCUUGCGCAGCGAGCCGCCCGAGGCGAGCUUAGUGACGGCGAGAUGGAACUCAGCAGCGACGAUGAGGGGGAUGUAACAUUGAGGCCAUGA